AUGGCCGAAGGCGGAGAAGGCGAGGACGAAAUCCAGUUUUUGCGCACCGACGAUGAGGUGGUGUUGCAGUGUUCCGCGACACUGCAUAAGGAGCAGCAGAAGCUCUGCCUGGCUGCCGAGGGCUUCGGGAACCGACUCUGCUUCCUCGAGUCCACGUCUAAUUCAAAGAAUGUUCCUCCAGAUCUGUCGAUAUGCACGUUCGUGCUGGAGCAGUCACUAUCCGUGCGUGCUCUGCAGGAGAUGUUGGCCAACACGGAGGAGAAGGCUGAGGGGCAAGUAGAUGUGGAAAAAUGGAAAUUCAUGAUGAAGACAGCACAGGGUGGAGGUCAUCGCACUCUUCUCUACGGCCACGCUGUCUUACUCAGGCACUCCUACAGUGGAAUGUACCUCUGCUGUUUGUCCACCUCGCGCUCAUCGACAGAUAAACUCGCCUUCGAUAUAGGACUUCAAGAAGACACGACCGGUGAAGCAUGCUGGUGGACUAUACAUCCUGCCUCGAAACAAAGGUCAGAAGGGGAAAAGGUACGAGUCGGUGAUGACCUCAUCCUGGUCAGUGUGUCCUCUGAGCGGUACCUGCACUUGUCGUACGGCAGUGGCAGUUUACAUGUGGAUGCUGCCUUCCAGCAGACUCUCUGGAGUGUAGCACCAAUCUGCUCUGGGAGCGAGGUCGCUCAGGGUUUCCUGAUCGGCGGAGACGUCUUGCGCUUGUUGCACGGUCACAUGGACGAAUGUCUGACUGUUCCAUCAGGAGAGCAUGGCGAGGAACAGCGCAGGACGGUGCACUAUGAGGGUGGAGCCGUAUCCACCCAUGCUCGUUCUCUCUGGCGGCUGGAAACUCUCAGAGUGGCCUGGAGUGGCAGUCACAUUCGAUGGGGUCAGCCGUUCCGUUUACGUCACGUGACCACAGGGAAGUACCUCAGCCUGCUGGAUGAUAAAGGCCUGCUGCUGAUGGAUAAGGAGAAGGCCGACGUCAAAUCCACCGCCUUCUGUUUUCGCUCCUCAAAGGAGAAGCUCGAUUUCGGCUUGAGGAAAGAGGUGGACGGGAUGGGCGUACCGGACAUUAAAUACGGCGACUCCGUUUGCUACAUCCAGCAUGUCGACACAGGCCUCUGGCUCACCUACCAAUCAGUGGACGCCAAGUGUGCACGCAUGGGUGGAGUCCAGAGGAAGGCUAUAAUGCACCACGAGGGUCACAUGGAUGAUGGCCUCACCCUUUCACGCUCCCAACACGAGGAGUCCCGCACUGCCAGAGUCAUCCGCAGUACAGUCUUCCUGUUCAACCGCUUUAUCAGAGGUUUGGACACUGUCAGUAAGAAGGGAAAAACCUCCAUGCUCGAUCUGCCAAUAGAAUCGGUCAGCCUGAGUCUCCAGGAUCUGAUUGGCUACUUCCAGCCCCCUGAUGAGCACUUAGAACACGAGGACAAACAGAAUCGACUCCGAGCACUGAAGAACCGACAGAACCUCUUCCAAGAGGAGGGAAUGAUCAGCCUGGUCCUGGAGUGCAUCGACCGUUUGCAUGUGUAUAGCAGCGCAGCUCAUUUUGCAGACGUGGCAGGACGGGAAGCAGGAGAGGCCUGGAAGUCCAUCCUCAACUCUCUCUAUGAGCUCCUGGCCGCUCUGAUCAGGGGAAACAGGAAGAACUGUGCGCAGUUUUCCAGUUCGCUGGAUUGGCUGAUAAGUCGUCUCGAGAGACUGGAGGCCUCAUCAGGGAUCCUGGAGGUGUUGCACUGUGUACUGGUGGAGAGUCCCGAAGCCCUAAACAUCAUCAAAGAGGGACAUAUCAAAUCCAUCAUCUCCCUGCUGGACAAGCACGGACGCAACCACAAGGUCCUGGAUGUACUGUGUUCUCUGUGUGUGUGUCACGGGGUGGCAGUUCGCUCUAACCAACACCUCAUCUGUGAUAAUCUGCUCCCGGGGAGAGACUUGUUACUACAGACGCGCUUGGUCAACUACGUGAGCAGCAUGAGGCCAAACAUCUUCCUGGGGGUGAAUGAAGGCUCAGCGCAGUACAAGAAGUGGUAUUAUGAGCUGAUUGUGGACCACGUGGAGCCAUUUGUGACAGCAGAGGCGACUCAUCUGAGGGUAGGAUGGGCGUCUACACCUGGGUACUCGCCUUACCCAGGAGGGGGCGAGGGCUGGGGGGGCAAUGGAGUCGGAGACGACCUUUACUCUUACGGAUUUGAUGGACUACAUCUGUGGUCAGGCUGCAUUGCUCGGACGGUCAGCUCCCCCAAUCAGCACCUGCUCUGUGCUGACGAUGUAGUGAGCUGUUGCCUGGAUCUCAGUGCGCCCAGUAUCUCAUUCCGCAUCAACGGGCAGCCGGUUCAGGGCAUGUUCGAGAACUUCAACACAGACAGCCUCUUCUUCCCAGUCGUCAGCUUCUCUGCUGGAGUCAAAGUGCGCUUCCUUUUGGGCGGUCGUCACGGAGAGUUUAAGUUCCUCCCUCCAACGGGCUACGCUCCAUGUUUCGAGGCUGUGUUACCACGAGAGAAGCUCAGAGUGGAACACAACCAGGAGUAUAAACAUGACCACGGCGUGACCCGGGACCUGCUGGGGCCAACGCUCAGUCUGUCCCAGGCUGCAUUUACACCCAUACCUGUGGACACCAGCCAGAUUGUGUUGCCCCCUCACCUGGAGCGAAUCCGAGAGAAGCUGGCAGAGAACAUCCAUGAGCUCUGGGUCAUGAACAAGAUCGAGCUGGGCUGGACAUACGGCGUGGUAAGGGAUGACAAUAAGAGGCAGCACCCGUGUCUGGUGGAGUUCUCCAAACUGCCAGAACAGGAGCGCAGCUACAACCUACAGAUGUCCCUGGAGACACUGAAGACUCUGUUGGCAUUGGGUUGCCAUGUUGGUGUUGCGGAUGAACGAGCCAUGGAGAAAGUCAAACAUCUCAAGCUCUCGGCCAAAUACGAGCUGUCCAGUAGCUAUAAACCGGCGCCUAUGGAUCUGAGCCACAUCAAACUCGCCUCUACACAGGAGGCCAUGGUGGACAGACUGGCUGAGAACGCUCAUAAUGUGUGGGCCAGAGACCGCAUUCGCCAGGGAUGGACCUACGGUAUCCAGCAGGUGUGUGUGUGUGAUGUGAAGAACAAGAGGAAUCCACGGCUGGUGCCUUACACGCUUCUGGACGAGAGAACCAAAAAAUCCAACAAGGACAGCUUGCGAGAGGCUGUGCGCACAUUACUAGGUUACGGAUACAACUUGGAGGCUCCUGACCAAGACCACGCAGCUCGAUUGGACAUUAAUAACAUAUCUGCAGAGCGUUUCCGGAUCUUCCGGGCUGAAAAGACGUACUGUGUGAAUGCUGGGAAGUGGUACUUUGAGCUGGAGGUGGUGACGGCGGGCGAGAUGAGGGUGGGCUGGGCUCGUCCGGGCUGCCUGCCAGACCAGGAGCUGGGCUCCGAUGACCAAGCCUUCGUGUUUGACGGAUUUAAGGCCCAGAGAUGGCACCAGGGGAACGAGCACUUUGGGCGUUCAUGGCUGCCUGGAGAUGUUGUAGGCUGCAUGGUGGACUUGAACGAGCACACCAUGAUGUUCACACUGAAUGGAGAGGUAUUGCUGGACGACUCGGGCUCUGAACUUGCAUUUAAGGACUUUGAGGUCUGGGAAGGUUUUAUCCCGGUGUGCAGUCUGGGCGUGAGUCAGGUGGGCCGGAUGAACUUUGGGAAGGACGUGAGCACUCUGAAGUUCUUCACCAUCUGCGGCCUGCAGGAGGGCUACGAGCCAUUCGCCGUCAACAUGAACCGAGACGUCACCAUGUGGCUCAGCAAGAGGCUGCCUCAGUUCAUCCCUGUACUGCCAGGCUACGAGCACAUUGAGGUCACGAGAAUUGAUGGGACGGUGGAGAGUCCACCAUGCCUAAAGGUCACACAGAGGUCAUUUGGGUCCCAGAACAGUAACACUGACAUCGUGUUUUACCGGUUGAGCAUGCCCAUCGAGUGCGCUGAGGGAUUCACGAAACCCGCUGGCGGGACUCUACCGGCUAACAGCAGCCUCUUCUCUCCAAAGAAAGAUCUGGAAGAUUUUGAGACAGUGUCAGACUUUGAGGUGCUGAUGAAGAGCUCUCACAGUCACAUGAGUUCGAACGGCCCGGAUAAAGACAAGGAUGAGUUCAACAACCACAAGGACUACAACCAGGAGAAACCAUCCAAACUGAAACAAAGGUUCAUGUUGAAAAAGUCGAAACCGGAUUUCAACACGAGUAACUCUUCAGCUCGUCUGUCUGAGGAAGUGAUGGCUGAUGAGAGAGAUGAUUAUGAGUUCCUCAUGCAGACAUGCACGUACUACUACUCGGUGCGGAUCUUUCCAGGCCAGGAGCCGUCCAGUGUGUGGGUAGGCUGGGUCACCUCUGACUUCCACCAGUACGACCCGGCUUUUCAUCUCGACAAGGUCCGGACUGUCACCGUCACCCUCGGAGACGAGAAGGGCAAAGUUCAUGAGAGUAUUAAGCGCAGUAACUGCUACAUGGUGUGGGCCGGUGAGAGUAAUAACCCUGGGCAGGGCCGUAACAAUAACGGCCUCGAGAUUGGGUGCAUGGUGGACACGGCCAGCGGCCUGCUCACUUUCACAGCCAAUGGCAAAGAGCUCAGCACUUACUACCAGGUGGAGCCGAGUACCAAACUGUUCCCUGCAGUGUUUGCUCAGGCCACAAGCCCCAACGUCUUCCAGUUUGAGCUGGGACGAAUCAAGAAUGUGAUGCCGUUAUCAGCCGGGCUGUUUAAGAGCGAGCGGAAGAACGCAGUGCCUCAGUGUCCACCCCGCCUACACGUCCAGUUCCUUACACCUGUGCUCUGGAGCCGAGUGCCCAAUCAGUUCCUCAGGUCAGAGGUUACCAGGGUCAACGAGAGGCACGGCUGGAUGGUGCAGUGCACUGACCCGCUGCAGUUCAUGGCCUUGCAUAUACCUGAAGAGAACAGGUCGGUGGAUAUCCUGGAGCUGACAGAGCAGCGGGAGCUGUUGCAGUUCCACUACCACACGCUGCGUCUGUACUCAGCCGUAUGCGCUCUGGGAAACCACCGUGUGGCAGCGGCGCUCUGCAGCCACGUAGACGAGUCUCAGCUGCUCUCAGCCAUUCAGAACAAGAGCAUGGCGGGCCUGCUGCGGACCGGCUACUACGAACUGCUCAUUGACAUCCAUCUGAGCAGCUACGCGACGGCGCGGCUCAUGAUGAACAACGAGUACAUUGUGCCCAUGACUGACGAGACCAAGAGCAUCACGCUCUUUCCUGACGAGCAGAAGAAGCGCCACGGCCUGCCCGGAAUCGGCUUGAGCACCUCACUGAGACCACGCAUGCGCUUCUCCUCUCCGAAUUUCGUCAGCGCUGUUGCCACGGGCAACGGCAACGGAGGGAGCGACCGUUUCCAGUACAGCCCGGAGUUCCCGCUGGAGACGCUGAAGAGCCGCACGAUGGAGAUGCUCACCGAGGCGGUACAGGAGGGCAGCCUGCACGUGCGAGACCCUGUCGGGGGAAGCACAGAGUUUCUUUUCGUGCCUCUCAUCAAGCUCUUUUACACACUGCUCAUCAUGGGCAUCUUCCACAACGGAGACCUGAGGGCCAUCCUGCAGCUCAUCGAGCCCAGCGUGUUCUCACAGGACUCCGGGGAACAAGGCAGGGCCGUGAGCCCCGACAGAGAGACCGAUCACGGAGAGAGGAGGACUGAAGGAGGCCCAGGAGGAGAGGAGGAGGAGAGUGGAAAGAGGAAGGUGCCUAAGGAAGGCCUGCUCCAGAUGAAACUGCCUGAACCUGUCAAACUGCAGAUGUGCCACCUGCUACAGUAUCUGUGUGACUGUCAGGUCCGGCACCGGAUCGAGGCAGUAGUGGCCUUCUCCGAUGACUUCGUAGCUAACCUGCAGGAAAAUCAGCGCUUCCGUUAUAACGAGGUCAUGCAGGCGCUCAACAUGUCUGCUGCCCUCACUGCUCGCAAAACCAAAGAGUUCCGUUCUCCGCCCCAGGAACAGAUUAACAUGCUGCUCAGCUUCAAGGAUGAGAAGCAGGAGUGUCCCUGUCCAGAGGACAUCCGAGAACAUCUGUUGCAGUUCCAUGAGGAUCUCAUGACACACUGUGGUAUAGAGAUUGAUGAUGAUAAGACGGGGGAGGGAGACAGCGAUUUCACAAUCAGGGGGCGUCUCAUGUCCCUGGUGGAAAAAGUGGCGUACUUGAAGAAGAAAAUGACUGAUAUGCCAAAGAAAAAAAAAGCCAAGAAGCCCAGCACUCUGCAGCAGUUGAUCUCCGAGACGAUGGUGCGCUGGGCUCAGGAGUCUGUGAUCGAAGACCCUGAGCUGGUCAGGGCCAUGUUCGUGCUGCUACACAGACAGUACGACGGAAUCGGAGGGCAAGUCCGUGCUCUGCCCAAAACCUACACCAUCAACGCUGUCUCUGUGGAGGACACCAUCAACCUGUUAGCCUCGCUCGGACAGAUCCGUUCAUUGCUCAGCGUCCGCAUGGGUCGCGAGGAAGAAAAACUCAUGAUCCGCGGCCUCAGCGACAUCAUGAACAAUAAGGUGUUCUAUCAGCACCCAAACCUGAUGAGAGCUCUGGGCAUGCAUGAAACGGUGAUGGAGGUCAUGGUUAAUGUGCUGAGUGGGGGAGAGUCCAAGGAAAUCACAUUUCCUAAGAUGGUGGCCAACUGCUGCCGCUUUCUGUGUUACUUCUGCCGGAUCAGCCGUCAGAACCAGAAGGCCAUGUUUGAUCACCUGAGCUACCUACUGGAGAACAGCAGCGUGGGUCUCGCAUCUCCAUCAAUGCGCGGCUCCACGCCGUUAGAUGUAGCCGCUGCUUCUGUGAUGGACAAUAACGAACUGGCGCUGGCCCUCAGGGAACCAGACCUGGAGAAGGUGGUGCAGUAUCUAGCAGGCUGUGGGCUGCAGAGCUGUGUGAUGUUGGUAUCUAAGGGUUAUCCUGAUAUUGGCUGGAACCCUGUGGAGGGAGAGCGGUACCUCGACUUCCUCCGUUUUGCUGUGUUCUGUAACGGUGAGAGUGUGGAAGAGAACGCUAACGUCGUGGUGCGGCUUCUGAUUCGCCGGCCGGAGUGUUUUGGCCCCGCCCUACGUGGUGAAGGUGGGAAUGGAUUGCUGGCAGCGAUGGAGGAAGCUAUUAAAAUAUCUGAAGAUCCGAGCAGAGACGGACCCUCGCCUACAUCAGAGGACAGCAAGACACUGUGUAGUGAUAUGAUGGAGGAUGAAGAGGAUGACACUAUACACAUGGGUAAUGCCAUCAUGACCUUCUAUGCUGCUCUGAUUGAUCUGUUGGGCCGCUGUGCUCCAGAGAUGCACCUGAUCCAUGCUGGUAAAGGGGAGGCCAUUCGUAUCCGGGCCAUCCUUCGCUCUCUCAUCCCCAUCGAGGACCUGGAGGGGGUGAUCAGCCUCCCCUUCCAUAUGCCCACACUCGCUAAAGACGGUUCUGUAGUGGAGCCAGACAUGUCUGCUGGGUUUUGUCCUGACCACAAAGCAGCCAUGGUUCUGUUUCUGGACCGUGUUUAUGGAAUCGAGGACCAAAACUUCCUGCUCCAUCUGCUGGAGGUCGGCUUCCUGCCUGAUCUCAGGGCUGCUGCCUCAUUGGACACGGCUGCUCUGAGUGCCACAGACAUGGCGCUGGCUCUGAACCGUUACCUGUGCACUGCCGUUCUCCCCUUGCUGACGAAGUGUGCACCUCUGUUUGCGGGCACGGAGCCGUUCGCUUCGCUCAUCGACUCGCUCCUCCAUACUGUGUACCGCCUGUCCAAAGGCUGCUGCCUCACCAAAGCACAGAGAGACGCCAUCGAAGAGUGCCUGCUCGCUGUGUGUGGGAAACUGAGGCCUUCUAUGAUGCAGCAUCUGCUGAGGCGUCUGGUGUUCGAUGUUCCUCUGCUGAACGAACACACCAAAAUGCCUCUGAAGCUGUUGACCAAUCACUACGAGCGAUGCUGGAAGUACUACUGUCUGUCAGGGGGUUGGGGAAGCUUCGGCGCAGCAUCUGACGAGGAGCUCCACCUCACCCGAAAACUCUUCUGGGGAAUCUUUGAUGCUUUGGCCAGAAAGAAAUAUGAUGCUGAGCUGUUUAAGCUAGCUCUGCCGUGUCUGAGUGCUGUGGCUGGCGCCUUGCCGCCAGACUACAUGGAGUCCAACUAUGUGGCGAUGAUGGAGAAACAGUCAUCCAUGGAUGCAGAGGGCAACUUUAAUCCUCAGCCUGUCGACACCAGCAAUGUGAAUGUUCCUGAGAAGCUAGAUCAUUUUAUCAAUAAAUACGCCGAGCACUCGCAUGAGAAAUGGUCCAUGGAGAAGUUUGCUAAUGGCUGGGUACAUGGGGAGCAGUUGUGUGAGGCCUCCAAAGUUCAUCCCCUGCUAAAGGCUUACAAGGGACUGUCUGAGAAGGAUAAAGAGGUGUACCGCUGGCCAAUCAGAGAGACUCUAAAGACCAUGCUGUCAUGGGAUUGGAGCAUCGAAAGGACAAGAGAGAGCGACCCGGCCAGUUUACACACCCGUACACGCAGGAUCUCCCUCACCAGCCAGCUGUCUAUAGAGGGCGCUCAUGGAUUCAGUCCUCGCCCAGUGGACAUGAGCAACGUGACCCUGUCCCGGGAUCUGCACUCCAUGGCAGAGCUGCUUGCAGAGAACUAUCAUAAUAUUUGGGCUAAGAAGAAGAAGCUGGAACUGGAAGCCAAAGGAGGGGGAAGCCAUCCCCUGCUGGUUCCCUACGACACUCUAACUGCCAAAGAGAAAUCCAAAGACAGAGAAAAAGCACAAGACAUCCUCAAGUUCCUUCAGAUUAACGGAUACACCGUAUUAAGGGCUAUGAAGGAGCAAGAGCUCGACACUCCGUCGAUCGAGAAACGCUUCGCUUACACGUUUCUUCAGCAGCUCAUCACAUACGUGGAUGAGGCUCAUGAACACAUGCUGGAGUUCGAUGUGACUACACGGCCAAAAGGAGAGAAAAUUCCUCAUGAACAGCAGAUGAAGUUCUUUGGAAAAGUUGUUCUGCCUCUGGUUGACCAGUACUUUAAGAACCAUCGGCUCUACUUCCUGUCCACUGCCAUCCGUCCAAUCAGCAGCGGAGGCCAUGCUUCCAAUAAAGAGAAGGAGAUGGUGACCAGUCUUUUCUGCAAACUGGGAGUUCUUGUCAGACAUAGGAUAUCUCUGUUUGGAAACGAUGCCACUUCUAUCGUGAACUGUCUUCAUAUACUGGGACAGACGCUCGAUGCCAGGACAGUUAUGAAGACGGGUCUGGAGUCGGUAAAGGCAGCGCUGCGGGCGUUUUUCGAGAACGCCGCCGAGGACCUGGAGCGAACAAUGGAGAACCUACGCCAGGGUCAGUUCACACACACUCGGACCCAGCCGAGAGGAGUCACCCAGAUCAUCAACUACACCACCGUGGCUCUGCUGCCCGUCCUGUCCUCACUGUUUGAGCACAUCGGUCAAAACCUGUUCGGAGAGGACCUCAUACUGGAUGAUGUCCAGGUCUCCUGUUACAGGAUCCUAAACAGCCUUUACUCACUUGGCACCAGUAAAAGCAUCUACGUAGAAAGACAGCGGCCUGCUCUUGGUGAGUGUCUGGCUGCGUUCUCUGGCGCGUUCCCCGUGGCCUUCCUGGAACCACAUCUCAACAAAUAUAACAGCUUCUCCAUCUACAACACUAAAGGCUCCAGAGAGAGGACAGCGUGCGGUCUCCCAGCUCAGGUGGAGGAGGUGUGUCCCCUGGUCCCAUCCCUAGAGAAAGCUCUGGAAGAGAUCAUGGAGUUGGCCGAGUCAGGAAUGCGCUACACUCAGAUGCCCCAUGUGAUGGAGGUGGUGUUGCCCAUGCUGUGCAGCUACAUGUCUCAUUGGUGGGAGCACGGGCCUGAGAGUAACCCAGAGCGCGCCGAUACGUGCUGCACCUCACUCACCUCUGAGCACAUGAACACACUCCUGGGAAACAUCCUCAAGAUCAUCUACAACAACUUGGGGAUCGAUGAAGGCGCCUGGAUGAAGAGACUCGCUGUCUUCUCUCAGCCCAUCAUCAGUAAAGCCCAGGCGCAGCUGUUAAAGACGCACUUCCUGCCGCUGAUGGAGAAGCUGAAGAAGAAGGCGGCCACGGUGCUGCUGGAUGAAGAACACAUGAAGGCAGAAGGCCGUGGUGAGAUGUCCGAGUCGGAGCUGCUCAUUCUGGACGAGUUCACCAUUUUGGUGCGCGACCUGUACGCCUUCUAUCCACUCCUCAUCCGCUUCGUCGAUUAUAACAGAGCGAAGUGGUUGAAAGAACCGAACCCUGAGGCAGAGGAACUGUUCCGCAUGGUGGCAGAGGUCUUCAUCUUCUGGGCCAAAUCCCACAAUUUCAAACGGGAGGAACAGAACUUUGUUGUUCAGAACGAGAUAAACAACAUGUCCUUCCUCAUUACUGACACCAAGUCCAAAAUGUCCAAGGGGGCAGUGUCAGACCAGGAGAGAAAGAAGAUGAAGAAGAGAGGCGAUCGAUAUUCCAUGCAGACGUCGCUGAUUGUAGCUGCUCUCAAGAGGCUGCUUCCUGUUGGUCUGAAUAUCUGCGCUCCUGGAGACCAGGAACUCAUCGCCCUCGCCAAGAACCGCUUCACCCAGAAAGACACAGAAGAUGAAGUUCGGGAGAUCAUACGGAAUAAUCUGCACCUGCAGGGAAAGUACUGGGUCUUCCACUUCAAAAAGCUGGUCAAGCGCCUCAUCAUUGUCCUGAAAUGGAUGAAACGCCGCCAGCCCAAGCCGGCUGCCCAAGAAAUACCCUUUCACAAACGCCUGCCCUUCCUUAAACGCUCCUCGACGCUGGACUUCUCCAUCCAACGGCACCCACGGGUGCCACUAAGCGCCAUGAAAAAGUCUUCCUCUCUGGAUAAUGCCUCUAGACACACAAAGCCCGCAACGUCCUGUCUUACUUCACGUCACAGCACGUUUAGAUGUAGCACGCUGUUGGAAGACCCAGCUAUUCGCUGGCAGAUGGCUCUAUAUAAGGACAUGCCUAACCGCAGUGAAGACACCUCAGACCCAGAGAAGACUGUAGAGAGAGUCCUGGACAUCGCUCAUGUGCUCUUCCAUCUCGAUCAGGUGGAACAUCCUCAGAGGAGUAAGAAGGCCGUGUGGCACAAGCUGCUGUCGAAGCAGAGGAAACGUGCGGUGGUGGCCUGCUUCAGGAUGGCUCCUCUUUAUAACCUGCCCAGACACCGGGCUGUCAACCUGUUCCUGCAGGGCUAUGAGAAGUCCUGGAUUGAGACCGAGGAGCAUUAUUUUGAAGAUAAGCUCAUAGAAGAUUUGGCUAAGCCGGGUGGAGAGGAGCCGUCAGAGGAGGAUGAAGGGGUUAAACACAUCGACCCUCUGCACCAGCUCAUUCAGCUCUUCAGCAGGACUGCACUCACAGAGAAAUGUAAACUGGAGGAAGACAGCCUUUACAUGGCCUACGCUGACAUCAUGGCCAAGAGCUGCCAUGAUGAGGAGGAAGACGACGAAGAGGAAGUGAAAAGUUUUGAAGAGAAGGAGAUGGAGAAGCAGAAGUUGCUCUAUCAGCAGGCUCGACUCCAUGAUCGCGGUGCAGCGGAGAUGGUGCUGCAGACCAUCAGCGCCAGCAAAGGUGAGAUGGGGCCGAUGGUGGCGUCUACACUGAAGCUGGGCAUCGCUAUACUGAAUGGUGGCAAUUCCACAGUACAGCAGAAAAUGCUGGACUACCUGAAGGAUAAAAAGGAUGUAGGAUUCUUCCAGAGCCUGGCAGGACUCAUGCAGUCUUGCAGCGUCCUCGACCUGAAUGCUUUCGAGAGGCAGAACAAAGCCGAGGGUUUGGGCAUGGUGACGGAAGAAGGCUCAGUCAUCACCCAUGAGCGUGGCGAAAAGGUGAUGCAGGAUGACGAGUUCACCUGUGACCUGUUCCGCUUCCUGCAGCUGCUCUGUGAAGGACACAACUCAGAUUUCCAGAACUACUUGAGAACGCAAACAGGAAACAACACGACUGUCAACAUCAUCAUCUCCACUGUGGACUACCUGCUUAGAGUACAGGAGUCCAUCAGUGAUUUUUACUGGUACUAUUCGGGGAAGGACGUGAUUGAUGAGCAGGGUCAACGUAAUUUCUCCAAAGCUAUAAAUGUAGCUAAACAGGUCUUCAAUACUCUUACGGAGUAUAUUCAGGGUCCUUGCACAGGGAACCAGCAGAGCCUGGCACACAGCCGCCUGUGGGAUGCUGUGGUCGGGUUCCUCCAUGUAUUUGCCCACAUGCAGAUGAAGCUCUCGCAAGAUUCGAGCCAGAUUGACCUCCUGAAAGAGCUCAUGGAUCUGCAGAAGGACAUGGUGGUAAUGCUGCUCUCCAUGUUAGAAGGAAAUGUUGUGAACGGCACCAUUGGAAAGCAGAUGGUCGACAUGUUGGUGGAAUCUUCCAACAACGUGGAGAUGAUUCUGAAGUUCUUCGAUAUGUUCCUCAAACUGAAAGAUCUUACAUCGUCAGAUGCCUUCAAAGAGUACGAUCCAGACGGGAAGGGGGUCAUUUCCAAGAGGGACUUUCACAAAGCCAUGGAGAGCCACAAGCACUACACACAGUCCGAGACGGAGUUCCUGCUGUCUUGUGCUGAAACAGAUGAAAAUGAGCUGCUUGAUUAUGAGGAAUUUGUCGAGCGCUUUCACGAGCCAGCUAAGGACAUUGGCUUCAACGUGGCCGUGCUCUUGACUAACCUGUCGGAGCAUAUGCCUCACGACUCACGCCUGCAGACAUUCCUGGAGCUAGCCGAGAGUGUGCUCAAUUACUUCCAGCCUUACCUGGGCCGCAUCGAGAUCAUGGGCAGCGCCAAGCGCAUUGAGCGUGUGUACUUUGAGAUCAGCGAGUCUAGCCGCACACAGUGGGAGAAGCCACAGGUGAAAGAGUCCAAGCGCCAGUUCAUCUUUGACGUAGUCAACGAGGGUGGUGAGAAGGAGAAGAUGGAACUGUUUGUUAAUUUUUGUGAAGACACUAUAUUUGAGAUGCAGCUGGCUGCACAGAUGUCGGAUGCAGGAGAGCGUUCAGCGAGCAAAGAAGAGAAUGAGCGGGAAAAACCUGAAGAGGAAACCCCCGACAUGGGCUUCUUCUCCAUCAGCACCGUAUGCUCAGCGCUAUUUGCCCUCCGCUACAACAUCAUGCUUCUGAUGAAGGUGCUGUCUAUGAAGAGUCUGAAGAAGCAGCUGAAGAAGGCUAAGAAGAUGACAGUGAAAGACAUGGUGACCGCCCUGGCUGCUUUCUGCUGGAGUGUGUUCAUGGGGCUGCUGCACUUUGCUUUCAGUGUGGCCCGUGGCUUCUUCCGCAUCAUCUACAGCAGCUUCCUGGGUGGAAGCUUGGUGGAGGGAGCCAAGACCAUGAAAGUGUCCGAGCUGCUGGCCAACAUGCCUGACCCGACACAGGAUGAGGUGAGAGGUGAGAGUGAGGAGGUGGAGAGGAAACCUGCAGAGAAAACUUCACCUGAGGAAGACUUGGCCGACCUCGCAGUGGCUGCGGAAGACACUGACCUGCUGUCUGAUAUAUUUGGGCUGGAUUUAAGGAGGGAAGGAGGACAGUACAAACUCAUGCCACAUAACCCCAAUGCCAGCCUGACAGACCUGCUUAAUACACCCAUGCCACCGCCCCCUACACCCUCGCCUGAACUCCGCAGAAGACACACGGUGAAGGGUUCAUCCUCAUCAACCGAUGAGAAAGAAGCCGCAGAUGAGACCAAGACAGUGUCUGAGAAAGCAGAAGGAGAGGACGGGGAGAAAAAGGAAAAGAAGAAGGAAAUGCCAAAGAAAAGGAAGACUCAGCUCAACCGCUCCUCCAAAUCAGAUGAGCCAGAUCUACAAGAGUCUGCCUUCUGGAAGAAGAUCAUCGCCUACCAGCGCAAGCUGCUAAACUAUUUUGCACGGAAUUUCUACAACAUGAGAAUGCUGGCUUUGUUUGUGGCCUUUGCAAUCAACUUCAUCCUGCUGUUCUACAAGGUUUCCACUUCCUCUGCAGUAAAAGAGGAAAAGCAGGUGGUGUACAGCACGUCAUCACUGGACAGCGGACUGCGGUGGGACACGCAAAGUGACUCUUCCAGCGAUCGGCCCGUUACGGUGCACUUUGUGCUAGAGGAAAGUAGCGGCUACAUGGAGCCCACGCUGCGCAUCCUCGCCAUCCUCCACACCAUCAUCUCCUUCUUCUGCAUCAUUGGAUACUACUGCCUCAAGGUUCCCCUGGUGAUCUUUAAGAGGGAAAAAGAGGUGGCCAGGAAGCUGGAGUUUGAUGGGUUGUAUAUUACAGAGCAGCCAUCAGAGGACGACAUUAAAGGCCAGUGGGACAGACUGGUCAUCAAUACGCAGUCCUUUCCAAACAAUUACUGGGAUAAAUUUGUGAAGAGAAAGGUGAUGGAUAAAUAUGGAGAGUUUUAUGGUAAUGACCGAAUCAGUGAACUGCUGGGGAUGGACAAAGCUGCGCUGGACUUUAGUGAUGCCCAUGAGAAGAAGAAGCCUAAGAAAGACAGCUCGCUAGCUGCUGUACUGAACUCUGUUGAUGUGAAAUACCAGAUCUGGAAGUUGGGAGUCGUCUUCACAGAUAAUUCCUUCCUGUACCUAGCCUGGUACAUGACCAUGUCCAUACUGGGCCAUUACAAUAACUUCUUCUUCGCUGCUCAUCUGCUGGACAUAGCCAUGGGCUUUAAGACACUGAGAACCAUCCUGUCUUCUGUUACUCACAAUGGCAAACAGCUUGUGUUGACAGUGGGCUUGCUAGCAGUAGUAGUCUACCUCUACACUGUGGUGGCCUUCAACUUCUUCCGCAAGUUCUACAACAAGAGCGAGGAUGGAGAAUCUCCGGACAUGAAGUGUGACGACAUGUUAACGUGCUACAUGUUCCACAUGUACGUGGGUGUACGUGCGGGCGGUGGCAUCGGCGAUCAGAUCGAGGAUCCUGCAGGUGACGAGUAUGAGAUUUACCGCAUCAUCUUCGACAUCACCUUCUUCUUCUUCGUCAUCGUCAUCCUCCUCGCCAUCAUUCAGGGUCUGAUUAUUGAUGCAUUUGGUGAGCUGAGAGAUCAGCAGGAGCAGGUGAAGGAGGAUAUGGAGACUAAGUGUUUCAUCUGCGGGAUUGGAAACGACUAUUUCGACACGGUCCCUCACGGCUUCGAGACACACACCUUACAGGAGCACAACUUGGCAAACUACCUGUUUUUUGUGAUGUAUCUCAUUAAUAAGGAUGAAACGGAGCACACAGGCCAGGAGUCCUACGUUUGGAAAAUGUACCAGGAACGCUGCUGGGAAUUUUUCCCGGCCGGAGACUGCUUCCGCAAACAAUAUGAGGACCAGCUCAACUAACACACACACUCUUUCUCUCACACACACACACACACACACACACACACACACACACACACACACACACACACACACACAGACUUGGGUCCCUUGGAUUUGUUUCUCUGUGACUUACGCGGAGGAGGAUGCUGUUUAGUUUGGAAUGAGUUUGAGAUCUUGUCCAUAGUUGAACUGUUCCCAGAACACGCUGGGACACAGACAGAGAGCGAGAAAAGGAGAGUCUGAACGCUUCUCCAUUCUACAUUUGCUUUAUUAAACUUAUAAAGAGGAGCAAAAAAAAAAAAAAGAGAGAACAAGAACGAGAGGGGGCGCAAGAACGAGGAGGAUGUGGACGGAUGACAUAAAAGAAAGAGACAGUGGAGGCCAGACAUCUUGCUCAUUCUUGGUCUCUUUAUUUGUUUGGCAGGAUGAACAGAUGAGUGCAUGGAUGGAUGGAUACGAAAGAAAGACAGGCACCAUGAUAUUGGCCAGGGGCAACAGAAGGGACACAGUGCCUUACCAAGCAAAGGGUGAGCUAUGCAAGCUGCGAGAGAGAUGGAGCAAAGAGGGAGAGAGGGGAAAAAAAUAGACAAAGAAACAGGUGGAGAGAAGUCAAGAGGGCUACAAUAGGUGCAAUGUACUGCUAGUGUAGGUAUAUAAUUAGGAGUGUGUGUGUCGGGGGGGGAGGUAGUGUAUGAAAGUGAGUAGAUAUAGUUGUAAGGCUGCGUUCACACCAUGUGUUUUUCCCUCAACUAGCCAGAUGUUGUUGUUGUUUUUUUUCUGAAACAACAAGCCAGGUGUUUCACGGACAGCAAAAAUGCUGACCAAACUUUUUUUUUUUAAACUUCACCCUACAAGGUUACAGGCCAGGGGGCAAGUGCAAAAAAACCAAGACAGAAGGUAGAACCACUGUCUGGAUAACAGCUGAGAUACAAAUUUAAUGUUAUUUACUACUAUAACCACUACUACUACUACGACUAAUAAUAAAUCUCGAUAGAGAACUAAUUUAGGCAGUAUGGAGUUC